ACGAUAACCUAUGGUCAUUUCCCACACAGAGAAGUGGUGGGUGUUGUGAAUAACCUUGCCUGCUGUCAGUAUGGAGUCAACGCCGCUGCUAAAUGCUAGGAAAGAUUCAGAAGACAGAUCCAAGUUGGGAAAUCUCCUCAAGGCCAAUCUCGUGUUCCUGACCUUUCAAUUGGCUGUUUCUAUGAGGGAUCCUGUUCUCUCUCAGUAUCUAUAUCAGCGUUACUUAAGCGAGAUAGUGGACAAUGGGACAGAUACUUCCUCCAACAACGUAACAUCAAAAUGUCUUGUCAACAAAUCAGAUCCUGCAUACCUGAUUCAUGUUCAAGCUAAAGAAAUGAGCAACGACAUAACGGUAAUGUUUGGCUACAUUAGCACACCGAUGCGUAUUAUAAGCUGCAUACUGCUUGGUUCGUACUCUGAUUAUAUCGGGCGACGGAUACUGUUUGUGAUUCCACUGAUGGGCGAAGGUAUUCGCAAUGCGCUGAGUACAGCUGUCAUGUGCUGGGACAUGGACCUGCGAUACAUGUAUAUUGGAGAAGCCAUCGCCGGAAUCACGGCCGGAUAUAGUGGUGUAAGUCUGGCCAGCUAUGUAUAUACCGCGGACAACACACCACCUAAAGCAUCCCGGACGAUUGGAAUGGCUGCUGUAGACUUUACAUCAUACUUCGCUGCUGCUCUUUCUCAAGCUGGAACUGGAUACUUUAUCCAAUAUACGGGCUUUGUAUGGCCAUCCUUUGUGACAGCAGCUCUUGUAUUUCUCACAGUCUUCUUCGUUAUUGUUAUACUUCCUGAGACAGUUCCUCUUGAAAAGAAACAAUCGCCUUGCAUUGCACCAAUUAAAGCUAUUAAGAACGUAUUUGGAUUCUAUUUCUCCAAAGAUUUUGGCAGGAAGAGGUCAUUGUUUUGGAUAGGGUUCAUAGCGUUCUUCAUCACAUAUGCAGGUAUUUCUGGCACCGGAUACAUAGAUUAUAUGCUGCUUCUUAAUCAACCGUUUUGCUGGGGGCCAGAGAUGAUUGGCUACGUCAAAAUGGCGGCCAUGCUACUAUAUCAGUUCCUGACUGUUGGUGUGAUCAAGCUGUUUCACAUGUGCACAGGGGACGAGAUGAUCGCCAUUUUGACGGCACUGGUGAAUGGGGGAUCCAACGUUCUUCACGGCCUCGCCUACACUGAUUACAUGAUAUAUGCACAAACUGUUCUGGCAGGACUAGCCGCUCCCUUGUUGCCAGUUAUCAGGGGGAUUGUGUCCAGGAUGGCCCCAGCAGACGUCCAGGGUUCUUUGUUUGCGGGACUGACUGUGGCGGAAGUUGUGUCGAGUACGACGGGGCUGGCAGUUUACGGAGCGGUGUAUGAUGCAACCGUGGAGACGAUGCGCGGUUUCGUCUAUUUCACGUGUGGUGGAACACAUGUCCUGACAGCCAUCAUACUUGUGGUGUUUUACUGCGUGGCGCCAGGUAUACUGCGCAAGAUCAAAACGGAGGCUGUCAUCAUUAACGACCAGGACGAGAGGGAUCACGUGGUCACACCGCCCUAGAAGCCAGUUGUGGACUCGGAGGUGUAAUGUCGGCUCUAGGACACUGUCUAAAUCAUUCCUACAUGGACACUGAAAUUUUAUUAGUGGAAACAAAACCUUUCUUUAUUGCUGAAUUUUAGUAUAUUAAAUACAGAUGCGCGAUCUGAUUACAGAACAGUUACACUGAAUGAUUGCAUGUUCAGAUUAUGUCAUAUAUACCAGUUUGCUUUAUGAAAUCAAGCACUGCUUUUUGAAUCGACUCGUGCAGCAGAUAAGGCUCCAGCGUUGAUAUACGGUUUACCUCCCUUUGACUUCAGCAGGCAUGCUGAUAUCAAUAUCAACAUUUGAGAGUCGAUCCAUGUUGUACCGCAGAUCUACAGUAUUUGUUGAACAGUAUAUUUGUACCAUUUCAUCAGCUCUUACACAAAAUACACACCAUUGCCGAUUCGCAUUCUUGUAUAAUAAACAUUACAGUAUGUUGCGAUCAGUUCACGACUUGUAAAUAGUGUUUGUACAAGUUCGCAGAUGACGUACUGUUUGGGUAUUGUGGAAACUAGUACUCUUUGGAGGCAUGCUUUAAUACCCAUACAUUUUAGACAAUUAGCUGCUUUUUAACGUUUUUUCAACUUUUGGGGCCGUUUAUGUUAGAUUUUAUUUGUAACAAAUAUUGGUAAUGUUUUAUGAUGUAUUUAUGUUAUUAUUAUGUUUCACCAAUACAUUUUCGACUUUCAUUCAAGAAACAUCUAUGAUGACAAAUUACAUUUGAGAUUAAAACGAAUCGAUUAUAUUACUUUUAUGUGUAUUUACAUGUUCAUUCGUAGUAUGUGACGGUUACUUAUUUUUUCAUAUCUUAAGGCGAGCCGACCUAUCAUUAUACUGAAAAUAAUUGUGUGAGCGCGGUUUCCAUACGUCACAAAUCAUCUACCAAUGAAAUCCUAAAGUGCGUAAAGAUUCUAAUUUUCAAGUUAGACAAUAAAUAUUACUUUCUACCUAGUGUAGAGUUUGAAUAAAUAAUUUACUGCAUAGGUGUAAGCAACUGCUUUUCUGCAAUGGUAAUUUCGCCACUGGAUACGAUAAUAAACUAUCAAACACUACACCUCGCCUGACCACCCGAUCCAUUAAGUCCCUCGUGUAUAGGUAACCGGGACCGUAGAGUGAUAGUAAUGAUGAUGAUUAUGAUACAAGACAAUGAAGGCAAUGAUAAUAUUAUUCGGAAUGUCGAAUGUUAAUUUCAACAAUAACGUGCUCUGUUCUGCACUGUGUAUGUUACAUAAAUGGGGUCUUUGAUUUAGGGUCUUUGAAUACACAAACAUAUGUCAGGUAAUAAACAAUUGUAAGUGAAAUAUCUAACUUAUCAGUGACAAAAAUGAUGUCCGUUGCAAUUCCCUAUUUUGACUUGUACCACAUGCACCCGUGUUUUUUUCAGGUGAACAAUUGACUUGCCUUUUCUUGUGUUUGUGACGGGUGCCAC